ACCCGGGCGGCAGGCGCGGGCUGCAGUGCUCCAGGCGGCCGGCAGUGGGCAGCGGGGAGCGCGGGCUGGGAGCGGCGGCGGGGGCAGCGGGGCCAGUGGUAGCGGUGGUGGCCGUGGUGGUGGGACCGAGGCGCGCGCGCGCGCACUGCCAGCUCCCCCUCCCUGCCAGCUUGCCGUCCGCACCCCCCGCGAGCGCGCGCACACACAUACACAUACACACACAUAUACACACACACAUACACACGCCCGCGCGCUCACUCCCCCAGCCCCACGCACGCACCGGCCCUGGGAGGCAGCGGCGGCGGCGGCGGCGGCGGCAGCGUGCUCCGCGCUCGCUCGGCGCUCGCUCAGCGCUCAGCUCCUGGGGCCCCCGCCCACGGCCGGUCCCGCCCGCUCCGUGGUCAGCCCAGUGCUCAGCACUCAGCGGGCGGCCCCCGCCCCGCCGGGCCCGGGCUCGCCCCCAGCCCAUGCCCCGCAGCAGCAGCAGCGGCGGCGGCGGCGGGGACAGCGGGCACAGCAGAAGCAGCAGCGGGCACAGUGAGGACAGAGGCAGCGGCGGCGGCGGCGCCCCAUGAGCCGGCAGGGCUUGGCGGGCGAGGCAGCGAGCCCGGGCCGGGGGUGGUACUGAGCCCCGGGGCGGAGAGGCGACAGCGCCCACGGUCGGACCAUGUACCGGGACCCGGACACAGCCGGCGGCGGCGGCGGCCCAGGGGGACCCUCCCGGGACGUCCUGCUCGUGUCCGCCAUCAUCACCAUCAGCCUUAGCGUCACCAUCGUCCUGUGUGGCAUCUGCCAAUGGUGUCAGCGAAAACUGGUAAGUCCUCGGGGCACUGAGAGGGGUGGGCUUGGGCUGCCGUCUUUCGGGCCCCUGACCGGGAGCCCCCCCAGAGCUGGGCCUCCCUCCACGCCCCGACUCAUUCCCGUCCAGACAUGCUCCCGGGUGUGCUCCUCACUCAUGCCAGGAGUCACAGCAGUGACGGGCGUUUCUCCAACAUGGGCUGCACUUAUUAAGCGCCGACUGCAUACGAUGCUCUGUUCUAGGACACACGGGCAGAUGACAGACCGCCCUUCCGCUCGGGACGACACGCAGACAGCCGUGUCUAGCCCGGCCGUGGACGGGAUGAGCAGAGGGGCUGGGAAGGAGCAGCUGUAGAGCCUGAAUCCUUGGAGAGGCCCCGGGAGGUUGGGGGGGGGGGCAUUUCACAGAUGAGGGAAUAGAGAGGCAGAAAUAAAAUGACCCGAAUGUAGUCAUCCCU